AUGUCUAGAUUGACAAUUUUAAUUAGCUAUGGAGGGAGCUGGGUUCACUCAACGUACACAAAUGGCAAAACUAAAGCAGUACUUGUUCCAGAGAAAAUUACAUUAGAGAACCUUCGGAAUAAAGUGUAUGACAUUACAAAUCUGGACCCAAAUAAGUAUGAAAUAACUAUGAAAGUUAUAUAUGAUUCAACGAAAAAUGCUUGGCCUGUAGAUAUAGUUGAUGAUGAUGACGUGAAAAUUUUUAUUACUGAAAGUAUUUUAAGCUCCUAUAAGAUUCCAUUGUGCAUUACGUUGAAGCAAAGACAAAGCAAUCAACAAGCUACAAUUGACUUCAGACAAUUACCAAUGUCAGUGGACCUCAACUUGGGUACUCGAGCUGACUUAGAAGAUAACAAUCAAUAUUGUGAUUCAGAAAAUUACUUGGGAGAAGAAGAGCUUUAG